AUUGCGCACGCGCAUCACGAGCGAGCGUCCCCGUUUGAUGACAGCUGUGCGCUCUUGACUGUUGCUAAAGGGAGGAGAAAAUUCCACGACGGAGGGUUUUUAUAUCUCUUUCAUUAUUAGUCAGGACUUUUGGAGGACUAAAUCGAGACAUUGGCUGUAAAACCGACCUGUACGGUCUCGACUGAAUUACCGUCAGAUUAGUCGCACUGUGGCUGAGCUGAACGAUGGUGAAGCCAGACAUUCACACUCUGGCCCACCACCUGAAGCAGGAGCGGCUGUAUGUUGCGUCUGAGAAACAGCUCCUCCAGAGACUCAACAACGAGGUUCUGAAGACCGCUGAGAAGCUCUACAGGGCGGCCUGGAUCGCCAAACAGCAAAGGAUCAAUCUUGACCGCCUCAUACUCACCAGUGCCGAGGCGUCCCCGGCAGAAUGCUGCCAACAUGCCAAGGUUCUCGAGGACACACAGUUUGUGGAUGGUUAUAAAACGCUGGGCUUUCAGGAGAGCAUCUACGGGGAGUUCCUGGGCCGGCUCAGGGAAAACCCACGGCUGGUGGCCUCAUGUCUUGUUGCGGGAGAGCGACUGAACCAUGAGCACACUCAAGGAGUCAUACACACAGUCUUCACAUCACUCUAUGGCAACUGCAUCAUGCAAGAAGAUGAAAGCUACCUGCUGCAGGUGCUUCGCUAUCUGGUGGAAUUCGAGUUAAAGGAGAAUGACAACCCACGUCGCUUGUUGAGGCGAGGCACGUGUGCAUUCAGCAUCCUCUUUAAGCUCUUUUCCGAGGGCCUGUAUUCUGCCAAGCUCUUCCUCACCGCCACCCUCCAUGAGCCCAUAAUGCAGCUGCUGGUAGAGGACGAGGACCAUUUGGAGACGGAUCCCGCCAAACUGAUCGAUCGCUUCACUCCAGCUCAGCAGGAGCGCCUAUUUGGGGAGAAGGGCACUGAGGAGUACCGCAGGAAGGUCCAAGCGGCGGUGGAGGCCAAUGAGGCCAAGCUGGUGACCCUGGUCAACUCCUUCAUUGGGUACCUGAAGCAGAACACCUACUGUUUCCCACAGAGCCUGCGCUGGAUCGUGUCUCAGAUGUAUAAGACACUGGCACGGGUGGAGAGGUUAGAGGUCGGAGAGGUGAGGAAGAUGUGCACCGACCUGCUGCUCACGUGUUUCAUCUGCCCAGCCAUUGUCAACCCCGAGCAGUAUGGCAUCAUCUCGGACGCACCAAUUAAUGAGGUGGCACGCUUCAACCUCAUGCAGGUGGGGCAGUUGUUGCAGCAGUUAGCCAUGUCUGAUGCAGAUGAUGGAGAUCCUCGACGUAAAAGCAGCUUAUUAAAGUUUGAUAAGACAUGCGUUGCUGCCUUUUUGGAUGUUGUAAUUGGUGGACGAGCUGUCGAGACUCCUCCUAUGUCCUCAAUGAAUUUACUGGAGGGCCUUACGCGUACUGUGGUUUACUUGACUCAUAAUCAACUUUUGGCUCUGUUGGACUUUGUGCGUGCGGUUACAGCGGGAGAUCAGCUCAGAGAAGAGGACCACCUGGCUCUGGAGACCUUGCUCAUCAAUGUACCUCAGUCCCGCACGAUAAAGAGCAACAGCCUGGAGCUCACACCCUCUAACACGCCCCAGCUUUCUCCAGCAACAACGCCCGCCAACAAAAAGAACAGACUUCCCAUUGGACAACAGCUGGCGGCCAUGACGUGUUGGGAGCCCUCAGCCACUGGCCUGUCCGCUCAUAUACCUUUAGUAACCCCGUUUGCAGGCUCUCGCAGCCGAAGCCGAUCCAACAUGGCCCAGGACGGUGAGACCGAAGCCAGUUCCCAGGAGUCUCUGCAGGAGGUCGCACCUGAAGAUGUACUAGUCAUCUCAUUCGGGACCUCGCUGCAGACCAUACCGGGGAUGAUGUCCGAGAACGAGGUUCUAACUUUGCAUCUUGGAGAUGGGGGGCAAGGAGACACCCCGGCCGAUGAAACCAAACUGCAUGGGAAACCUGACAAAACACUGCGCUUCUCACUCUGUAGCGACAACCUGGAGGGCAUUUCUGAGGGGCCGUCUAACCGCUCCAAUUCAGUUUCCUCGUUGGACCUAGAAGUGGAGUCUGUGUCUGAAGGAGGACCGGGACCCUCUGGCAGUAAUGGUGCAGAGGCCUUGCAGCUUCUUGAACAUGAACAAGCUACCACUCAGGAUAAUUUGGACGACAAACUACGGAAGUUUGAAAUCCGGGACAUGAUGGGUCUGACGGACGAUCGGGACAUUUCUGAGACAGUCAGUGAGACCUGGAGCACUGACGUGCUGGGCAGCGACUUUGAUCCCAACAUGGAUGAGGACAGAUUGCAGGAGAUAGUGGGGGCUGCAGCGGAGCACGCUUUGGGGAGCAUGCUUUGUCUGCCGGUUCUCCUGGACCCAUACGGUUCCACCAUCUCUGAAACAACGAGCGAGGCAUGGAGCGUGGAGGUUUUACCGAGUGACUCCGAAGCUGCAGAUCUGAAAGAGGAACGCUUGCAGGAGUUGGAGAGCUGCUCGGGUGUUGGUAGCACUUCAGACGACACCGAGGUCAGAGAGGUCAGCUCCCGACCCAGCACCCCGGGACUUAGUGUGGUUUCAGGCAUCAGUGCCACGUCGGAGGACAUCCCCAAUAAGAUUGAAGAUCUACGCUCGGAGUGCAGCUCCGACUUUGGAGGCAAAGACUCCGUGACCAGUCCAGAUGGAGAAGACUCUGCUCAUGGAGCUCACAGUCUGUCCUGCGCAGCCUCACAAGCAGAUUCACUGCUGGCUAUGUUUGAUCCCCUCUCCUCUGGUGAAGGUUCUUCCACGGGCACCAUUGUACGGCCCAAGGUGCACUAUGCCCGCCCCGCUCACCCUCCUCCCGACCCACCUAUUCCAGAGGCCAGCAUUACGGGCAACCAGGAGCCUCGCCCGCCUCUGUUUGCCCCCCAUCUGGUUGAUUUGGAGCAUCCCAAGCAGAGACACUCUUACCCUGAACGGCUGGUAAGGAGCCGCAGCACAGAUGUGGUGUCCGCUGGCCGCAGACCCAACAGUGACCCUGGACUGAACCGUAGGACCAUGAUGGAGGAAAGAGACACCGCUGGGACUUUCUCCACAGGGCCCACUUCUUCUCCUAGCAAAGAUUCUCUCAAAGGAGGGGAGUCCGAAGACAGGAAAGACAGUGAUGAUGAGAAGUCUGACAGGAACAGACCCUGGUGGAAGAAGCGCUUUGUUCCUGCCAUUCCCAAAGUGCUCUAUUGGACCGCAGAGGGUGAACUUCCAGUGCCAAUUGGUGGACUCCGAAAGCGAGACAAGCCAGAAAAGGACGAUCAAGGAGCAGAGAGGAUCCCACAAGGUUUAUCAGACGAGCCCUCGAUGUUUAGGCAGAGCUCCAAGACGCAGUCAGCAGAGGCGAUAAUGGACAAGUACAUCAAGUACAUGGAAAAACGGCCCGCCCCCAGUGAUGGAGCGGUUGCAGGACCUUAUGGUGGACAAGAGUCGUGUAGAGAGGGAGACAGCGAACACGACUCGCCAAAAGACGAAGGUCUACAGAACAUCUCAGCAGAUGACCUACCAGACUCUGCCAGUCAGACGGCCCCACCUCAGGAUAAAUCAUUUUCCUUUAGUGAUAUCAAAAAGAAACUACGGAUGGCUCUGUGCUCCGCGGAUUCGGUCGUAUUUCCCAUCAUUCCCCCUGCAACAACACGCAAUGGCCUCCCAGACCAUGCAGAUCCUGAAGACAACGAGAUCGUGUGGUUUCUGAAGGUGCAGCUGGCGGAGGCCAUUAACCUGCAGGAUAAGAACCAGAUGGCUCAGAUCCAGGAGACUAUGCGCUGCGUCAGCCACCUCGACCCCCGCACCUGCAGAAAACUGCUCACUGCCAUGGCAGAGGACUACAGGAAGCGGGCCCCGUACAUCGCCUAUCUGACACGGUGCCGGCAGGGCCUGCAGACGUCUCAGGCUCAUCUGGACAGGCUCCUGCAGAGGGUACUAAGAGAUAAAGAAGUGGCCAACCGUUAUUUCACAACCGUCUGUGUACGACUGCUCCUGGAACACAUGGAGUCCAAGAUGCUCGACUUCAUCAAAGCGUUUCAGGGCUGCACAGCAGCUGACGAUAAGACUGCAGCAGUGGAGGAUUUCCUGCGGUACCUGUAUGGUGCCAUGGCCCACGAUGCCAUCUGGCAGUACGCCAGCGAGGAGCAGCUCCAGGACGCCCAGAUGGCCAUCGAACGCAGCGUCAUGAACCGCAUCUUCAAACUGGCAUUCUACCCCAAUCAGGAUGGUGACAUCCUCAGAGACGAGCUUUACCUCGAGCACAUUCAACGUCUUUCUAAAGUGGUGACAGCCAAUCACAGGGCUCUGCAGAUCCCAGAGGUGUAUCUUAAGGAGGCACCAUGGCCCUCAGCGCAGGCUGAGAUCAGGACUAUCAACGCUUACAAGACCCCACGAGAUAAAGUGCAGUGUAUCCUGCGCAUGUGCUCCACUAUUAUGAACCUGCUCAGUCUGGCCAAUGAGGACGCCGUACCUGGAGCUGACGACUUUGUCCCCGUGCUCGUCUUUGUCCUAAUUAAAGCGAACCCACCCUGCCUUCUGUCCACCAUUCAGUACAUCAAUAAUUUCUACGCCAGCAGGCUGAGCGGGGAGGAGUGCUAUUGGUGGAUGCAGUUCACCGCCGCCGUGGAAUUCAUUAAAACCAUCGACGAUCGCAAGUGAUGCAGAACAAGCCACCUGUAUGGGCAGACUGUAGGGAAGAGAGAGAGAGGACGCCCACUUUACCCUUCAAGAUCGCACAGCGAGGCAUUGCCUCAGUCUGUAUAGCUGUACAUAGAGACAGAAACACUUAGUUUAAAAAAAAAAUCAAAUGUUAGAAGGGAUCAUGCCAGGUUUUACUGUGGUGGGGGUAUUUAAUUAAUGAAAAAAAAUAUAAUAAUAAUAAGGCCUGAUGUACUGUAAAUGGCUGGUCUGACUCUACUGAUUUCAUCAAUAACCCACAUCUCUUUUUCUCUGUAGUACUGGGGAGGUGCUGGGGCUUAGAAUAAAAUUUUCUAUAAAAGAUUUAGCGAGUAUUUAGCUCUCUUAUGAGAUACCUAUCAAAUGAUAAAGGGACCAGGAACUACCUGCAAUGAUAACGUAAGUGUCGGGGUGAAUCCAGGAUUUUUGCCUCCUCGUGUAAACCUCGUGCAAUCUUACCCCAUUGAAAGCUAACCAUCGUAUGCAGUCAUAUCAAUAAACGCAUCACUAUAGAUGCAGCCAGUGUGUCAAUGUUACAGUUUAUCCAAUUAAUCAUGCCGUAAUUUUAACAGGGCAGCUUGUUCUAUGAAUGUAAGCAGGUGUUGUCAUUAUUGUACAUUUCUUUACUACGUUUCCCAGGCAAUUUGGAAUUAAGGGCCCACAUAUUUAUAUAUAUAAAAAAUAAAUGUAUUUAUUACUUAA